AAGACAUGAGUAACCACCACGCUGCAUUUCGGUCCGACUCUCUUUCGACAAACGAAGAACGCCGUUACACACCUACUGUACGUGCAUAUGAGUGGGAGGGGGCUUCAUGAAUAAUUCAUGAGCAAAUAUGUUUGUCAGAAUAAUAAGAAUAUGAAACAUGUUUGUCUUACUUUCACCUCAAACGCAAACAGAUCAAUAGAGCAGAGCAGGCUCUCUUCCUGAUCUUUUGAGUGUUAUAACUAUACUGUAUUUCUAUGGUUAUGACCCUGUAAGUGCAGCACAGCACUGUUUCAUAAUAGAAUCAAAUGGGGUAUCUGAGGGAGAACAGAUGGGGGUACUCAUACUGUAAUGAUAUUUGAGCUGAUGUUAAAAGCAGGAAGGAAGCCUCUAUUAGGUACAAUCUUAUCACAUAGUCUAAUGGAGUUGCUUAUGGGGCUGCUUCAGUAGCAUGCAAGGAUCCUUGAAAAGUCUCUCCUGAGUGUCUUUCCAUUGAUUUUCGGAUCCGAAUAGAUCAGGUAAUCACAUCGCUGUCUGAGUAAUGUUUGUGCUGUAGAUACUUUUUGUUCUUACCGUCGUUCCUGAGCAGCUAUUACAGUGGUGUUCUUCCAUUUGCUAAAUGUAGUUAUGGUGUUGUUUGUUUUGUGUCAUAGGGAAUUGCUAUACCUGUAAAUCGAGCUAUCGGCUUUGUUACUGUCAGACAGAAGAGGGCUGGGUUGGUGCAGAGAUGAGCUAGAGAUGAGCCAAGACAGGAUCAGAGAGCGAUUAGGGUCUCACAAAGUGUAGAAAGUAUAAAAGACAGCAAGGAAGAUGAACAACUGCACCAACAUCACUCUCUCAAAGUGGACAGCAUCCCUCCCUAUUCCCACAGUCAGUUACUCAUCUUUAGCCUGAUAGGAUCUGUGCUGUCGUGACAUGGAGACAGGCGCUUGCUGAUAGACCUCUAUCUAUCUGUACAUCUGCCCCUCACAGUUAGCCCACAGUGGCAGCAUGAAUGUAGUCUCUUGUUGUGACAGUAGCUAGCUAUUGGCCAGUGCAGAUUCAAGAUUACAGGGUUAGCCAUAGUAGUAAAGCACCCCUGGAGCAAAUUAGGGUUAAGUGCCUUGCUCAAGGGCAUAUCUACAAGUUUUUACCUUGUUGGCUCAGGUAUUCAAACCAGCAACUUUUCAGUUACAGGCCCAAUGCUCUAACCACUAGGCUACUUGCUUGUACUUCUACAAGCCUAUAGAAUUAGGGGAACAACUUGACAUUAUUAACUUGGCUCUUAUAAUCAGAUUAGCUGUCAACAUGUAUGCUUCCAGGUAAACCAGAACAUGUAAAUGAGCUGUCUUAGAGGUUAGGGUGACCUAAUAAUGUGUUCUAACUCGACCUGUCAGAUCACUUCCUAUCCCAGUGAGUACUUUCAGGUCAUCAAAGAGCCAGGAGGGGAGCCUUGUCCAGGAAACCAUACAGUUAAAGUGCAUUCAAACGCAUAGCAUAGAUGAGCCAAAUACAGUACAAAUAAGGCCAAAUUCAAAAAAAUUGUUUCAAUAUUUCAAAAUCAUCCCAAUGUGACUGGAAUUGACUGUGUAGCUCAAUGACGUUACUUUAAGAUCGAAUCCUUAUUUGGUGAAAGUGCCGUGUCCGUUUGGGAUACUACAACAACAAAGAGGUUACUGCAAACCACUACACUGCUUCUUCCCUCUGACCUCACUGCAGACGCGAUAGAACAGCAGAAUAUGUACUACACGUUUCAUCAACAAAACAAAAACAAAUUAAAAAACAAAUUAAAACAAUUAUUUGGGUAUUGACUUUGGGUUUUGGACAGAAAUUAUAUCAUUAGUAGACAGCAGUCAGGUAAUCAAAACCAUAGAAAGGAUUGCUGUCCCUCCUUAUCCAAAGGCUUACAGGAUAAGGAAACAAACAUUUCAUUUUGUAAUUUAGGUAAUUAUUAGGUCAACUAUUUACUUUUAAUUUAGUCUGUAGUGUUCAGCAGUUAACAGUCAGGUCAAAUCUACUUUCUGCAAACACAGCAGCAGGUGGAUAAAUAUUAGGAGUCAGGUCAUUGCUACUCACCAUUAAUCCUUUGUAAAUUGGAUCUGAGAAUGUUCUUCCUUCAUGCCUGUCCUAAAAUAUCCAGGGGUGAUACUGCAUAUUCAUUUUGAGAUAUAGGACACUACUGUGUGGAUUUUCUAAACCCUGCAGCUACGGGAAAGGGCCUUUAUUUGCUCACCUGCCAUUUUGUUUCACACCUGGAUAAAGGAACACACACCUGCUCUCUCCUCUACCAGUCAGGAAGCUGGUGUCGGAAAUCACAAAGGAACCAAGUACAACAUCAUCAGGUGUAUCUUAUAGUUCUGAGAUUGGCCCCAAAGCAUACUUGAAAAGGAUAACCAAGACCAGACAAGAUGGAGACGCUCAACCUCACCAACUACUCCAACCUCAGCUCAGACAAUGAAAGCAGCAGUCUCUUCUCUGGGAGUCCAUAUAAGACGGUAGAGAUCGUCCUCAUCAUCCUGGUGGCUGGGUCACUCAGCCUCGUCACCAUCAUUGGCAACAUCCUGGUUAUGCUCUCCAUAAAGGUCAAUAGGAACCUCCAGACUGUCAACAACUAUUUCCUGUUCAGCCUAGCCUGUGCUGACCUCAUUAUUGGCCUGUGCUCCAUGAACCUCUACACUGUCUACAUUGUGAUUGGACACUGGCCCUUAGGCCCGGUCGUGUGCGACCUGUGGUUGUCCAUUGAUUACGUGGUCAGCAACGCCUCAGUUAUGAACCUCCUCAUCAUUAGCUUUGACCGCUACUUCUGCAUCACCAAGCCUCUCAGCUAUCCGGUGCGCCGCAGCACCAUGAUGGCGGGGAUGAUGAUUGCGGGUGCCUGGGUGCUGUCAUUCGUACUAUGGGCUCCUGCCAUCUUGUUCUGGCAGUUCUUCGCGGGUGGGCGGACGGUGCCGCCUGGCGAGUGCUACAUCCAGUUCUUCUCCAACGCAACGGUGACGUUUGGCACGGCCAUCGCUGCCUUCUACCUGCCUGUGGCCAUCAUGAUCAGUCUCUACUGGCGCAUAUCCAAGGCCAGUCGCAGCCGGGUACGGAGGAACAGCAGGAAACCUUCAGGGAAUAGCCUGGGAGAAGGCCCAUCGCAGAGCCAGGAGGAUGGGUGCAGGGCCCAGCCCAAUGACUGCACUGUGACUGGGGAGGAGGAGGAGGAGGGUGGGGAUGGAGAGAAGGUCGGGGAGGGGGUCCAGCAGCAGAAUGACAGGGAGCCCUACAGAGGGGAAGGGCCAGACAGAGAUAGCUCUACCACAACAGUCAGCAACCUUGCCUCAUCAUCCAAUCAAAAGAAAGAGCCUGGCCUAUCACAGAAGGGGUCAAACGGUGAGGCCAAAUCCAGCCAGACGCGGUGUUGCUAUCAGAACCAGGCCACAGGCUGUGGGCCCAAACUCUCCUGUAUCAGAAGCAACUCCUGGCCUGAGGGAGAGACAUACAAAGCCACGCACAGCAACACAGAUUCCACCCCUGCAACAGAGAAACACAGCCUGGUGACACGGACGCUGUUAAAGGUGACAAAGAGGAACUCCAAGCAGAGCCCCAAGAGGAAGACGAAGAAGAAAAAGGGCCCUCCGUCCCGGGAGAAGAAGGUGACGCGCACCAUCAUGGCCAUUCUGGUGGCGUUCGUGGCCACGUGGACACCUUACAAUGUGAUGGUGCUCAUCAACACCUUCUGCUCCAGCUGCAUCCCCAACUCGCUGUGGACCAUUGGCUACUGGCUGUGCUACAUCAACAGCACCGUCAACCCGGCCUGCUACGCCCUGUGCAACACCACCUUCAAGAACACCUUCAGACAGCUGCUGCUCUGCCAGUACAGGAACAUACGCACGAUGAGGUCAUGAGGACCAGGGGGUCAGGGGUCAAUGCUGCGAAGCUGCUGUCUUGAUUCACUCAGAUACUCACAGAUCUGAUAGGACUGGAUAGGUGAAAGUAGGUGAAGCUAUUGUUUAGACCUAUCCAGUCAUCUUUGAUCUGUGCAGAGGCUGAACCAGAGCAGAAGGAAAGGGGAGACAACUUCUUAGAAUGAAAUGCAGCUCAGAUGUGUAUCUAUCUAUGUUGGUUGUGGUUUUAUAUGAGUAGGUUCCAAAUUAGACUGCUAUUCUCAUGAAACGUUUGGUUUCAACAUGGUGGCUAAACUCGGUUUACAUAAUGGCCGUCUAUGUUAUGUUUUGUGUAUGUGACAUGUCUACUCUAUGGUAUGAAUUUGGAUAUAUCGGGUAUGUCUGGGU